AUGAUUGAUAUUAAUUAUUUUUUGAAAGAAUUUAAUUUGUUAAUUUAGAUGAAUUAAAAAAGAGUGGAAAGACUUUGUUAACUAUUUUCAAUAACGAUUCUUCUAUUGAGAGUUAAGGCUGAUUGCAAUGAUCCAACUUUUAUUCAGCAGACUGGCUACAAAAAUUACGACUGUUUAGUCUAGACAGGGUAAUAUUUCACUGAAGCUUAAGCAGUAGCUUAUGGAUUAGAUGCAGAAACAGCUUUUGGUCUUCCUAUGGUUAAAGUCAAUUAUAAUUGCAAUCCUGAUUUAGUUUCAGUAGGACAUACAGUAUCUUUAGGUUCCUUAUUUGGAAACAAAAUACACCUAUAUAUGAAAAGCAAACAACAAAUUUAAGACCUCACGAUUUCAUAUGAUUUUUUUUACUCUGAUCUACCAUGGCUUAUAUAUUACAAUGAGCUUACUUUGACUUAUGGCACCAAAUAUAUCACAAAAUAUCCUCCUAAAGAUGUUUACACCUAAUUAGCUGGAUGCUUAGUUUAUAAAUUCAGUAUUAAUUAUGAAUUUAAAGGAUUAUCUGAUGAAAAAUUUGAAUACUUUGAUUUUUAAAUGUUUAGCAGCAGCUAAUAAAUAUUCUGUUUUUAAGGCGUUAAUAACGUAGUAGUCUAUGUGAAUUAUUAAUGCCCAUUAAAUUGCUCUUCAUGUGAUAGCAACUAAAAUUGCUUAACUUGCCUUGACAAUUACUAUAUCGCUACAAACCCAAAUACGAAUCUUGCAUAUUGCAAAUUAACUUGUGCGCCAUAAUAAUAUGCCACUUUACCAGAUUCAAUUACUUAAUCUUAAACUUGUUAAAAUUGCAUUGAUUAUUGCUAAUCUUGCAGCACAGACAAAUAAUGUGAUACUUGUAAUACUAAUUAUGAGUUUAUUUCAUAAAUUGCAUCGUGUCUUCCUGUUUGUAAUUCAAAUUAGUAUAGAGAUUCAAAUUACUAAUGUUAAAAUUGUAUAGCAAAUUGCCUGAAAUGUACUGGCCCUCUUAAUUGUACAAAUUGUUAAAACCCAUUUUAAUUUGAUAAUUCGUUACUGUAAUGUAUUUGUCCAUCAUAGGGAUACUAUCUAGACUCAAAUGGAAACUGUAAUUCAUGUGAUUCUACUUGUUAAACAUGCUCAGGAAGUCUAAAUAGUAACUGUACAAGUUGUCCCCCUAACUGGUUUAGUUUGGGAGGCUACUGCUAUCAAUGGUGUCCUAAUAAUUACCAAUAACAACUAUCGAAUUUUGAGUGUGUUCAAUGUUAACAAUUUAUCCUACCUAACUGUCAGACUUGUUAUCCAACUUGUAAAAAUUGUCUCUUUUAACAAAAAAAUAAAUGCAUAGAUUGUUAUGAAACGAGAUAAAUAUAAAAUGGAAAAUGUGUUUGCAGAGAUUCUAACGAUUAAAGAGAUAUCCACUUCUAAUGCAGUUACAAAAACAUUGCUGUAUUAUAAGCAACAUUAGAUGCUAGCUAGCCACUAUUAAUCAUUGAUUUCGGAGUUAAUUUGAAUCAAAUCGACAAUCUCAGUUGCAGUUAAAUUUUCUAAAAUCCUACUUUAACAAGUAUAGGCCAAUCCGCUACCUGCGCAAUUAAUUCUACUUAAAUUUAAGUUUAAUUAAGCUAAGAUUCUAUAAUUAUUGAAAAUGAUUAGUUAUCUUUAGUAUCUGGAGUUUUAUCUUACUAAGCUAGUCCAAGUAUUUUUAUUGACACUUUUUAUCUCCUCAAUGUUGUUUAAUUAAGAAAUUUACCUCCUCAAAUAAAUGUUUUAUAUGACAAAAUUUAAAAUACUUGCAAUGACAUAACUUAUAGCUUGACACUAAAAAAUGAUGCAAGCAGAGGAUUUUUAUCUCUCUAAUGGAGUGUUUAAAUAAUACCCAGCUUAGAUACUAAAACGUAAUCUUAAGUUGAUUCUAUAAUUCAAGCAGCUAAUACUUAGAUGAGCUAAACUUUAACAAUAAAUAAAUAUAUUAUACCACCUAAUUCUUAAAUCAACCUUCAGUUAAACUACUAACUUAAAAUAAAUUCAAAUGGCUUGUUACAAUAUUCUACUCAAUAUUUAAAAGUGAAAUAAAUUGUGAUAUCAGUCAUUUAAAGCUAAUACCCACCUAUUUACAGAUACUACGACCUUACUAUUGACUACUCAAUUUAUGUUUAAACCUGCGAUUAAAAUGGACCUUUUAUAUUCAUGGAGCCUUUAAGUGUUUAAAUUUAAUCAUCAGUAAUGCCUUCUCUAAAUUACAAUAAUCCUACCUUUACAGAUGCAUAGAUUGAAAUUAAUGUGAAACCUUUUACUAUUCCAAUUGGAAGUAUCUUAGAUUUAAAUAUCGUAGCAACUUUAGUAAGCAAUUAGGAUAUAUCUUAGACCAAUGCUAUAUAAAUAAACCCUAAAUUAACUAAUUUGUUUAUAUUGAUUGAAGGAGGAUCGAAUUAACUUGUGAAUUACAAAUAACCUCUCGUGCUUUCAGGUAUUGCAAGAGACUAUGAAGUAGAAGAUGAAAAUUCUCCAUAAGGAAUAUCAUUAACCUGGUCAUGUGAAUCAAUUGUUUAAAAUAAUGGAGAUUAUUAGUGCUAUAAUUAUUUAAAUAAAGUUCAAACAAUUCAGUAAACAGGAAUUAGCACUACUAUUCCAGGGAAAACAUUUUAACCCUACCAAACUCUUAAAUUCACUUUCCAAGGUAUAAAAGACAGCAGAAAUAGUGCAUCAAGUGUACUUGUUAUUUUUGCAGAAAUAGACUUACCUCCUUUGACAGUUAUUUUUUAUAAGGUGCCAUAGAUAGAAAUAGUUAAUUUAAAUGAAGAUAUUAAUGUUUAAUUGAUAUAUAGCUCCAAUGUAUCCUCUGAUAUUCUCACCUACGCUGGAGCUAUUUUAUACGAUGACGAUGUGUAAGGUGUAAUAAAAUUUGAUUUUUACUAAGUCAAGCUAAGAAUAUGGGAUUAUUUUUCUAAAGUACUGCCUUCUAAUCCAGUGGUUUAAUUAAGAUUUACUGUUUAUAAUCCUGCUUACCUUAUGCCAAGUAUGACUAUAAUUAACUUCAAUAUCAACUUACCACCAUAGAACUGCGUUUUAUAAAUUACUCCAGCUAAUGGAUAAGCUAUUUAGACUAACUUUUAAAUAUAAAUGGUUGGUUGCAGCUCAAAUAAUUUACCUAUAACUUAUUAAAUUUUUUAUUACCUCAACUAAGACGAUAUGAAAUCUGAAAUUCAAAAUCCAAAAAUUAUUCUUAGAAGAUAAAUCUAGGAUCAAGUAGUACUCAACUAAAAAUUUACUAUAUUGCCAGAAGGAAAUUUAAUAAUAAUGGCUCAAGCUAUGGACUCUAAGCUAGCUGUAAACAAUUCAACAAUAUAAGUAUAGGUUUCUCCACUAAAUUGUGAUGAAUAAACUCUAUUAGGCAUAUUAGAUAAUGCUCUAAAUCCUACCAGUAAUCUACUACCUUCCUAGAAUGUUUUAAAUUUGUCAAUUAUAGGUGAACAAAUAUCUAAAAGUAAUCCUCUUUAUAAUCUAACCUCUGUGAAUUAAAAGAAAUUGUAGAUAAUAUAGCAGUUGAUCACUCAAUCUAGUUAGCUUCCAAAGUCAUCAUUCUUGUACACAUAUUCAAACAAAAUAAUAGCUUAGUUGCAGUCUUCAUUACCUAUUUAGUCAGAUGCAUAAGUCACAACAAUUUUGGAAUAAUUAAACUAAUUAUUGCAGAAAUAAUAAUAAAUGCCUUCAAAUAACUAGUUGAUAAAUAACAACAAUAUCCUUCUUUAAAACUUAAUAGAUUCUUACAAAAUCUUGAAUGCUACUACUCAAACAGUGUCCUACGAUAUGCUACCUACCCAGAUAAAUAUUUCAAAUUCAAUUUGUAACUAGCUAAACAACUAAACACUCCCAAACCAAGGAGGGAUUUAGCUUCAAGGAAAUUUAAUAAAUUUAGAUUGCCAGUAAAUCACAGAUAAAAACCUUCAGUAAUACAUGCAGAUAUUCAGCACUCCUCCUACAAACGAAACAAAUAUUUAUAAUGCAGCAAAUUUAGUAUUUUCUUAGAAUCCUUACAAAGAAACAGCCUCAUUUCAAAAUUACACCUAAGCUUUAACAAAAGCAGAUCCAAAUCUAACAAUAUCUUACAAUUAAGUAAUCUAACCUAAUAUAUCUAAUAGAAAUAAAAGCUCAGAUUAUCAGCCGAAUUCAAAAGUUGUAUUAAAAUUCUAAAAUUCUCAUUAAUCAAGCAACAACAGUAAUAUGACAUGCAUAUAACAAAAAUAAACAACUUGGUCUAAAAAUGGAUGUCAAAUUUUGAAAGAAAAUAGUAUUUUUGGGUAUUUUUGCUAUUGUGAGCAAUAGCAUCCUACUACUCUAAUAGAUGAUUUAGAAUCAAUAUUAAACAAUAAAAAUCUUGAGACUGCAUUCUCCUCUUAAGGAUUCGAUAACAUUAGUCAUUUUUCAGAUUUUUAUAAAUUUGUUGUAUUUUGGUUCCUAAGCUCUUUAACUCUUGUUUAAUUUGGACUCUAUUUCUAUGGAAAUUUUCUAGACAAAAAAUAUUAAGGAGGUAUAAAUUUUUAUCAUGCCUCAUCAAGAGUUUUUCCAAUAAUUUAGGUAAAUCAAACUGAAUAAGUAUAAAGCUAGUAAUAUCACUCCAUAGCUUAGUAAACUCCUUAACUACAGCCAUUAACAUAAUAAGAAGCACCUUAAUAGGAGUAAUAAAUUAAUAAACAAGAUGAAAAACCGUAAAGAAAGGAUUCAAAAUCAAUCUAUUCUAGAAGGUCAAUAUCUUUUACAGCCUUUGAAUAUCAAAAAGAUGGAUUAAAAUUAGCUUCUAAUUAAGAUUUCAUAUUUAAAAAAACAUCUCAAUUUUCUCAUAAAGUUAUAGAAAAUAAUGAACUAAAAAUUGAUAAUUAAAUUGUUGAGGAUUGCAAAUUACAAAACUUAGAAAUUUAAAAAGAUGUUGAAGAGUUAAACUUAGAUUAAUAGUAAAUUAACUAGAUGUAGAGUGAGAGAAAGUGUGUUUCUUUAUCUAAUUUUGGCUAAAAUAAUAUAUCAAAUAAAGAAAACCCAACGAAAUUAACAGCAAACAUAUCAAAUGAGAGAAUUGUAAGCCAUCAAGAUGAAAAUAAAUAAGAAAAUUAGAACAGCAUUUUCGAUAAUGAUUAGGAGCAACAAAAAAUCAAACACCAAAAGGAAUUAGAAUUAAAAAAAGAAUAAGAAAACAAUCUUAUUAUUGAAAAAUAUAUGAGCUACCCAGCUUUGAUAAGAGUUCUUGUCUUUCAUGAUUUUUUCAGUAUUUUCUUUUUAUAUGACAAAGUGUUAUCGAGAUCGAUAAGAUUCACUAUAUAUUACAUAAGAAUUAUACACUGUUUAAGCAUAUCAACAAUAUUUGGGUAACAAUAUAAUGAGGCUGAAAUGAUUAUGGUGUCUAUAAUAAAUUCAAUAGUUUUAUAAGUUAGUGUUGGAAUCAUAACCCUCACUCAUAAAAUAAAAAGAAUCGGAAAAUAUUUAUCCACCUUUUGUAUGAUAGUGCUUUGCUUAUUUUACUAUUAUUUAAUAUUAGCUGUAGUCAGUGGAUAGAGUGCUCCCUCAUCAAAUUCUAAAAUUGUUUCCUUUUUUAUUAUGAUAGGAAUUGAUUUUGUUGUCGUGUCUUUUAUUGUUUCUGCGCUUAAAAUGAAAAUUAUUUCUCAUAUGCUAAAUAAAGCAAAACGAAUAAAAAUAAUUGUAAAACUAUUCUAUUUACUUAAUUUUGUUGAUAUAAUUUAAAACUUAUCUGUCUGA